AUGCUUAACAACAUCACCAAUAACAACAACAACAACACCGACACUAUCGACAACACAGAAAUAGCAAUUGCAACAACAACAACAGCAAGUGCCUCACAAACAAAAACAAUUAGUAGUAGUGGUGGUGGUGUUGGUGGUGGUCAUUUAAUUGGCUGGGCCAACGGUUUCAGAAGCAGCAGGCUGGGCGAGAACUGCACCAACUUCACAAUCGUCGGAGGUUCUCAACGGGUGAUCAGUGGACGAAUGGUGGACAAAAGCAACAACAACAACUAUAACGAUACCAGUAAUAAACUUAAUAAUAAUAAUAAUAAUAUUUUACUUAGCAAUAACAACACUUAUAAUAAUAAUAAUAAUAAUAAUAAUAGUAAUAUUAACAACAGUCCGUCUAUCAACGACAACAACAAUAAUAAUAAUAAUACUAAUAAUAAUGUUAAUAGCAACAGAGAUAAUGUUAGUUGCUUCGGGAGGAGUAUUAUCAAAGCUGGGUCGAGAAUUGUCCGUGCCGAUCGGACAUUAAGUCAGCAAAAUUGCGAUGUCCUUUGGUCACCCGGUUUAUCGCGAUUGUCUGAAGUAACGGAAUCGAGAGAUUCUUCUUCUGUCAAUGUUCAGGGGGUUUCUGGAUCGAAUUUAAAUGGCAACAGUUUGAGUAGUCUGGCAGGACACAAUCUCGGUAACUGUCGUGUGUUUAUAGACCAUCACCAGCCAAAUACGCUUAAUGUCGGUUCGAAUCUAGUUAUCAACUCGAAAACACGAAACUUGCCCUCGCAGGUCGGCCAGCCGAAGCAAUGCACAGCUGUUCUUCUUGGGACGGUAGGACAGCUCUCCAAAUCGGCGGUGACGGCUGCUGCUCUCCAGCAGUCCUUGCUUUCGGGUGCAAGUGGCAAUAAUUGCAGUAACACCCUGAAUGCACUCAACUCGGUAACGGCGACACCGCUGUCGCAGGUUUUUGUAUUACAAACUUUGGGUCAGGAACAGCAACAAAAACAACAACAACAACAACGACAACAACAACAACAACAACAACAACAGAAAGAACAACAACGACAGCAGCAGCAGCAACAACAACAACAACAACAACAAGCACUGCACUUGCAUAACAGCAUAAAUCUAAGGGACAAUGUGCCGUUGCAGUUUUAUCAAAGUUCUGUUGAGUCAGGAAACUACGUCCAAACCCAGCUGCAACAGCAGCAGCAGCAACAACAACAACAACAACAACAACAUCAGCAACAACAACAUCAGCAACAACAACAUAUUCAAGCGCAAUUACUUCUACAACAACAACAACAACAGCAACAACAGCAACAACAAGAAAGACUUCAACAACAAAACCAACAACAUCUACAAUUAUUACAACACCACCACCACCAACAACAACAACAACAACAACAACAACAGCAGCAACAACAGUUAUUACAUCAACAACUUCUGCAACAACAACAACAACAACAACAUCAACUACAACAACAGCAGCAGCAGCAACAACAGCAGCAGCAGCAACACCAACAUCAACAGCAGCAGCAGCAGCAGCAACAACAUGUGUACGCUGAGAACAGAGACAAUUGUCCAACGAUGUUUGGAAUAAAUGGUAAACCACGUCUUGUGGUGAAACCAUUAGAGACCCGAGUCCAACACCAGACUGUUGAUACAUCAGUGCUGGAUCUAUGUGAUGCCAUGGCAGUGUCGCCAGACAUGCCAGUCACCGCCAAAUGCUACCCUAAACCUGUAUAUUCCUAUAGCUGUCUCAUAGCGAUGGCUUUGAAAAAUAGCAAAACUGGGAGUUUACCGGUCAGUGAGAUUUACAACUUCAUGACAGAGAACUUCCCAUACUUUAAGAAUGCACCAGGUGGAUGGAAGAAUUCUGUUAGACAUAAUCUGUCUUUGAAUAAAUGCUUUGAAAAAGUUGAAAACCCGAAAUUCAGUGGAUCUUCUCGUAAAGGUUGUCUCUGGGCACUUAAUCCAGCCAAAAUAUCCAAAAUGGAAGAAGAAAUUGCUAAAUGGGAGAAGAAAGAUCCUCAAGGAAUCCGAAACAGCAUGGCAAAUCCAGAACGUUUGGAAUUGAUUAUCCAGGGACGAGUAGACUCACCUCAGAUGCAAAUUUCACCUAAUCUACCCAACAUCAUCAAUAUCCGACAGACAGCAAACGUGCACCCAGAGCAACCCAGUAUAUUAUCAGGAGGCCCUAAUCAGUAUCAUAUCCAGUCCCCUUUUCUACCAGACAGUCCGACCCCACAACAUGUCGAGAUUCUAGAACAAAACAAUAGCAGCUUAUUAAAGGAAGUCAGUGCUGUGGACACAACUCUUUCUUUAGACCCAACAAUGUCAGAAAUGACCCUAAAGAACCUGUUGGAUCCCACAAUCUGUCUCCAAGAUAAUUUCCCCUUCCAGAACAGUUUAUGGGAUGAAGACAUGGAUGUUGAAUUGAGUUUAGAUAUGCCUGUGGCCAUAUCUGCAACCAAUUCUGGUGUGCAAACUCUAGGGGCCUCACUAACUUCAGCAGCACCUCAUAUCAAUUUAUAUUCCCCUCUGGCAGGAAUCAGAAAUGAGUCUUUAGCAGUCACAGGAUUUGGUCACACAGCUUACAACCAACUAGACGUCAGUGGUUCAAUUUAUGGCCAGAAUACUCUCUCUGUGUCAACGUAAUCAUUGUGUCAAUUGAAGAUGUUUGUUGAUGCCAAAAUAUUUUGAUUCUCUCCACAACUUCUAUAUUACUACAACUGAUCUUUAUACAAUGGCUGGCUACUGGCAGUUAUUUUCACAGUCACUCCAUCAUGUGGAUAUAUAACAAGAAAUACAAACUUUACAAGAUAUUCUGUGAAAUGUAUUCACUCUUUUAAUUCCCCCAGCCAGCAACAGUGACUGCAGAGUCAUUAACCCUUUGACCAUAUCUGGCCUAAGUAUCCCAGCUCUUUUAUGUUCAAACUGGAUAGAACUGGCUCCCCGCAUUGCCCUACAGUAUCAUUCUAAAGACAAACAAUCACUCUAAAGAAAUCUCAAGGCUACAAGAUAAUCCAGGAUUAAUUCAAAACAAUAUGAAUAAAUAAGGAUUACAUUUGACAGAGUAAUCUAAAUGCUAAAGGGUUAAAACAAUUUUAUAUUUUAGUGACAGGCAUGGAUGGAUGGCUGAGAAGUUUACUUCCCAACAUCUAGUUCCAUAGUUCCACCUUCAGGUCCUUUGCAUGGCAUAUUGGACAACGGUCAUCAGCUUCAGUCCUGGGCCAACCAAUUCAAUGCCAGUGAAACUAGCAGAUGGAAACUGUGUAGAGGUUCAUCAUGUGUGUGUGUGUGUGUGUGAAAAUGUUGGUUUCAAAUUUUGGCACAAGGCCAGGAAUUUUGGG